UCCGCAGCGACCGAUAGAGAUGCUGAGGUGACAGGCAGAAGGAGAAAAGGGACGGCCACACUCAGACAUAUUUCGCCUCCGCUCGCUUAUUUCUAACCAGCCUCCGCCGCUUCCUGUGGACGGUUCGCUCGCUAUGGGAUUCCGCUCAACGUCGUCCCCGCCGCCUCCAAACGUAGAGGAUUUUUUGUAACCACACCCGGCUCUUCUUUGGAUCAAGGACUGGCAGCAAAAGACCCGAGGGUUCUCCAUCAAGGCCCAAAUGCCAGGCCCAGUCUGAGGCAGCUGGUCGAGGGGGGAAGCAGUGAGGACAGCGUCCUUGGUCCACAAACGGGAUGAGCGGGGGAGUGGAGCAAGCUGACAUCCUAAGCGUGCUAUCCCUGGUCAAGGAACGAUGGAAAGUGGUGAAGAAGAUUGGGGGUGGUGGGUUUGGGGAGAUCUACGAGGCUUUGGACCUGCUGACACGGGUCAGUGUCGCUCUGAAGGUGGAGUCGGCCCAGCAGCCCAAACAGGUGCUCAAGAUGGAGGUCGCCGUGCUCAAGAAGCUCCAGGGUAAAGACCAUGUGUGUCGCUUUGUGGGAUGUGGCCGCAAUGACCGCUUUAAUUACGUGGUGAUGGAGCUUCAGGGUCGUAACCUGGCUGACCUGAGAAGGAGUAUGACCAGGGGAACCUUCAGCAUCAGCACCACCCUGCGUCUGGGGCGCCAGAUCCUGGAGGCCAUAGAGAGCAUCCACUCUGUGGGCUUCCUUCAUCGUGACAUAAAACCAUCCAAUUUCGCAAUGGGCCGCUUUCCGAGUACCUGCAGAACCUGCUACAUGCUGGACUUUGGUUUAGCUCGCCAGUUCACCAACUCUUGCCAGGAGGUCCGACCUCCCCGUCCAGUGGCAGGGUUCAGGGGAACAGUCCGCUAUGCAUCUGUCAAUGCACACAAGAAUAAGGAGAUGGGUCGUCAUGAUGACCUGUGGUCUCUCUUCUAUAUGCUGGUGGAGUUUCUGGUCGGUCAGUUGCCAUGGAGGAAGAUCAAGGACAAAGAACACGUGGGGAAGCUAAAGGACACUUACGACCAUCGUCUGAUGCUAAAACACCUACCAGCAGAGUUUGGUGUAUUCUUGGAACACAUCUCCAACCUUGACUACUUCACCAAGCCUGACUACCAGCUGCUGAUGUCAGUGUUUGACAACAGCAUGAAAACCUACAAUGUUGUGGAGAAUGACCCUUAUGACUGGGAGCGGACCGGCACAGAUGGCACUUUGACAAUCAGUGCCACUGCCACGACACCGCAACAUCACACCCGCCUCACUCCGGCACACAUGGGUAUGGCGAAUGCCUCCCUGAUCCCUGGCGACCUGCUGAGGGAAAACACAGAUGAGGUCCUGCAGGACGAGCAGCUCAGUGAUGUGGAGAACAACCCAGCCCCAGAGCGCCUGCCGGGCUCUCCGCUCCACCCACACCGCAACCAGGAAGCUGACGUCUGGGAGGAGCUGGAUCGCAACCGUAACCGCAUCAGGACUGGAGUCUGGAAGGCGUCAACUGAGGAGGAACACAGCAACAACCAGGGUAACCAAGGACACCAGAGCCCUUAUGCUGGGCCAAGCCUGGGAUCCCCAGUCAAACUGCACCCUGAGGUGGUGGCUUCAGAUCGUGAUGCCCCUCUGCUGAGGAAGCUCCGCAACAUUCACAGUUUUGAGCUGGAGAGGAGGCUUGGCCUAGAGUCCAAGCCCAGUCCAGAGCGUUUCCUGGAGGGCGGUUCACCAAAACAGCAGAUUGGCACCCAGCACCAGGAUAAGGAGGCUGACGGGCAUGCAGUCAUCCCAGUAACUCAGGGUCAAGCUGCCGGGGAGCGCCCUGAUAGGGUCUGGCACUAUGAUGAGGAGUUCCGGUCUGGUGGUGGUUCUCCUAAGCCGGCAUCCUGUGGAUCUCUGGAGCAGGGAGAGGGGGCAGUCAGUAGCGGGGGCUUUGUGGCCCUCAAUCUGAGCUCUGGGAGGCAGGACAUUGACUCAAGGGAGUGGGUAAUGGUUGAGCGGCCCAGUGGCUCUCCAGGAGCCAAGGUUACCACCAGCCCUUCGGAGGAGGAUGGGGAGCUGGAAGUGCUCCAGCCAGGGGAACAGUCUCCUGGAUGGGAAAAGGGCAGCCCUAGUCCUAACCUUGGAAAAGCUAGACGAGAAAGCAUGGCUUCCUCCAAGGGAAGUGCAAAAGUGGACAAGUUGGAGCUUAGCGUGGGCCCUGCAGGGGCUCUGCCCCCCGUCACUCCAACCAGCCCAGCGGAAGCUCUGGCUGAGGGAGUUCUCACUCAGCUCCCCACCUCUCCUCCAUCCCUGCCUGAGGAGGUUGCGGUCCGGACAUCCAGCCCCAUCCCUCUGCGCUCUCCUAGCCCUCACACUCUCCUGACCACCUUGUCGGACCCGCUGCACCUGCGCCAGCCACCGAGCAUGAGGCGCAGCCUGUCCGUUGACCAGCAGCAGCAGGAGCGCACCUCCUCUUCCUCCUCCUGCCACGCCUCCCUACCACUUCCACCAAACCCUGCCCCUGGCACCCGCUCGCCCAGUCGCAGGAAACUGCCAGCCAUCCCGGCGGGUGCUGCCAACACCAAGUUUCCCUCUGUCAUACGCAUCACCCGUGCCCAGCUUCAACAGUUGACAGCUCAGCGUCCCUCUGUGCUUUCCUCCCAGUCAGGAUCAGACAGUGCCCCACAGUGCCUCCUGCUGGAGAGGCAUGGUGAAGCUGAAACUGAGGCUCAGCAGGUCCAGGAGCGUACAACAGACAUCAGCUCCCCCCAGGACCAUGUGCUUACCCAUCCAGGGACACCCACAGACCCCCUGGCUGAGAUGCUGGUCAAUGGAAACAACCACGCCAAAGCUCAAAGCCCUGUGCCAAGCCACGUGUCUUCCCCACGCUCCCCCCAUUCCCCACACUCGCCUCCUCCGCGCACGCCUUCCUCCCCAUGCUCUCCACGCUCCCCUCACAGUGCUGUGUUUGCCAAUGGCCACUUCUCCCCUCCUGUUAACGGCCAAAGGGAUUUAAGUAACGGAGCAUUCUCCAAGCUGAAAGACGCUGAGAAUGAUUAUGGCCACACUCCCUGUGACACAGAGCCUCAGCUAAGAGAGAGCAGAGAAGUGAAUCAGGCCCCAGAUGACACUAGUGGCCCGACCUCCUCCUCCCCGGCUGCUCCCCGUAAGGACCCCAGCCGGAGGCAAAGUCGCAUCCCAGUCCUGGAGCCUUCCAGACUGCUGGAGCUCCCUCCUCCAGGGUCUGCGAAGGAGAAGCUCCUGCAGAAGAAAGCUAGCCACCAGGGCCUGGUCCCCUCUCCCACUGCCUCGCCAUCCCUCUCUGAUAGGCGUGGCCCCAUGGUGGCCUCCCUUGCCAGGGACCCGCUGUCCUCAACCUCUGACCGUUCUCAGGAAGAGGACUCUCUUAUGGGCUCCCGUUCGGACCGCCAGGGAGACGAUGCUCCUUCCCUCUCCUCCUCCUCCAGCCCUCUGUCCCGAAAGAGCAGAAUCCCUCGUCCUGUUCAUUCAGCUUCUUCCGCUGAGCAGCUGGCUGCCCAAUUCCUGCCACGCCCACCUCCUGGAAAGCCACCUUGCCGCCCCACAGUGGAGGGCAGGCUUAGGCGUUACCGCAUUCGAGCUGGCAGCAACAGUGACUCAGACCUCUUGACAUGCCUUGCUCAGCUGAUGCAUGGUUCCCGAGUCUCCCCCCUUCACCACCGCUCCUCAGCUCAACACGGGGGCUCCAGGAUGGGCAUCUGCAGCCUGACGAGCUCUCCGCACCACCAUCGCAGCUCUAGCGCAUCCCCACGCAGCUCCUCCUCCCUGCAGCGCUCCGUCAGCUCCUCGCCCUCCCGCCACGAGCACCGUGGCGGCGGUGGAGGGGGCUGCCUGGGCCGCAGCCGCUCGCCUCCAAGCUUUUCUGGCUCGCCACCUCCCCGCCGCUUCUACCCUCACCACCAGGAUACUUGCUGCAGCCGCCAGGCCCGCACAGGCCCAUUCCACCUGCCCAGGGGGAAAGUCUGUAGCCGAGAGGGCAAGUGCUCCAGCAAGUUGAGCAGAUAGUUGCCCACCAGGUUGCGCUGCCACAGCAGAGGACGGGAAGACUCCAAUUAUGAUAGGGUGGACCGCAGUAGGGAUAAAAGCCUGAGUCUUCCUGUAUAAUUAAAAAAACAUCUUGUUUCCCCA